AAUACAGUCAGUACGAUUUGCAUCGUCCAAUAUUCUCAAACAAAUUGUAAUUAAUACAUCGUUAGGUUGAUAAUAGUUGAUAAUUAUUGUUUGUACCGACCCCAUACUUUGACCCUAACGAUAAGACUCUUCAGUUGCCUCCAUUUGGUGGUUGAAGUGCGAACGGGAAGGUCUAACAUGAUCUGAGAUACAAUAUGAUUUUGUGUGUGAUUUUUCUGUGUCUGUGCGCCACGGGAACGGUUUUUGGAUCGCCUAAUUCCCUGAAAGAUCCGUACAUAUGUGGAUCACCGACAUGUAACGAGCCAGAGAAAUUCAAGUAUUUACUAGACGUAAUCUACCACUAUGAAUACAAAGUCAAUGUUGAGACCUACUUUGCUGGCUCCAGUAAUAACCGGUCCACACUGGAUGUUAGGGCUGUGCCUAAAAUUCAAUUUAUAACACCGUGUGAGGGUCUGCUGCAGCUGACUGAUGUCACCCUGAUAGAUCAAGAUGAGAACUACCCGGUGGAGAGAGCUGAGAAGUUCAUUCACGCUGUCUCACUCUUUGAUCUUCGAUUCGCAUUCCACGAUGGUAUCGUCUCAGAGAUAUGUCCGGAGCCGGAGGAGGAGGAUUGGGUACUUAACUUCAAGAGAGCCAUCCUGACUCUCUUCCAGAAUACCAUGAAGAGGUUCGAUAUUAACUUCAAAGGAGUUGAGCAAGACAUCCACGGUACAUGCAACGUGGACUACACGGUCCGCGGCCAAGAGAAUACGAGCCUUAUCCUAGUGAAAACAAGAGAUCUUUCACAAUGCACCAACCGAUACAAGUACAUGUCUAUUCUGCAAACUGUGAGAUACGACUUUCAGAGCAGAUUCCAAACAUGGCCCGUAUUGAAAUCGGAGAGCAAGUGUCGUAUAACAGUAGACCACCACAUAUACAAGGCGGUCAGUUGCCGCGAGCGACAUCUGUUCGAGCCUUUCUCCGGGAAGAACUCCGGAGCCAUGACCACUGUAGUACAGGAUCUGGUGUUGAUUAGAGAACUGAAUAAGACUGAUUCUGAAGUUAUUGAGUCGCAACCUAAAGCAUGGGUCGAGAUACCUCGUCGCUCGAACUUGUUACACCACCACAUCGUGUACGUGGGAGAUGACACCGGAGGACUCAAGUCUGCUAGGGACGUGCUCAAACUGUUGUGCAUGGUAAAAGACACGACUGCAGAGAACCACCAGUCCCUGAACGUGGACGAGAACAUGGACAGUGGCUCCACUGUCGGACUCUGGGGACGACUCGUCCGGGCGGCCAGGCCUCUGCACUACCCCGCACUGUCGCAACUACUGGCGCGAGCCCCUACUAUUUGUAAAUCUGCUAACAAACACAUUCUAGACGCCCUUCCCUACAUCGCAAGCCCUGGUUCGGUGGAGCUUAUCAAAGAAAUGAUCAUAAAGAACGCAGUUGAGGACGAAACCAGACACGAGUGGCUUAUGUCCAUGGCUAUGAUACCACGUCCAAAGAAGCAGAUGUUAGACAGUAUGCUGGAACUGCUACAGAAACAGAAGAAUGACAAAGUGAUCAGUUUCACAGUGUCUUCAAUGGUACACUCGUACUGCAAACAUAGUGGGAAGGAAUUACGCGAAUGCUGCGAAGAGGAUACUCCAAGAGCUAUCGCACUAGAAUUCGAAAACAUAGUCCAGGAGGUAUCUGCUAAAGGUGUCAUCAAAACUAGAGAAGAUAGAAACAAUAUCAUAAUAGCAAUCAAAGCUCUGGGCAACAUCGGUGGUUUUAGAAAAGAGUUUGCAGACAAAUUGCUGAACAUUAUCGGCGAUAGUCUCGUACCUGUACCCGUUCGAUUGACGGCCGUAGACGCCUUCAGACGGACAACUUGCGAUGAAACUCGCGAAUACUUCCUAGAAACGUUCAGAGCGGACUACAUGAACUUGGAAGUACGUCUAGCGUCAUACGUACAAGUUAUGAAGUGUCCCGACCUGGGCACGCUUCGGAAGAUCUUCCACACACUGCAAGAUGAACCUGUAAAUCAAGUAACAACAUUUGUAUGGAGCCACCUGAGGAACCUCGCAGAAUCCUCGCUUCCAUCUCGAGUGGAGAUCCAAGGUCUUCUGUCUGGAAACCAGAUCCCCCACCUGGAAGACAGUCCAGACUUCAGAAUGUAUUCCAGGAACUAUGAACAGGGCGUGUUCUUUGAUCAGUAUAAUGCUGGUGGUAACUACGAAGCGAACGUGAUAUUCACUCCGGAUUCGUACAUACCUCGGUCAUUCUCUCUCAACCUCACUGUCGAUAUGUUCGGAGAGUCCAUCAAUUUGUUUGAGAUGAAAGCCCGUGGCGAAGGUUUCGAGCGGUACUUCGAGAGCUACUUCGGUAACAACGGACCGCUAAACAAGAACAAACUGACGGAAAAGAUCAGCAACCUUCGCUUCUUCAGGUCUACCAACGAAGCUGAUGAGGUCAGGGAGAAGAUUGACAACCUGGAGUAUAAGAAUGAGGCGCUUAAACAUAGGUUCCCAAUGGCCGAGCUCGGUAUCAAAGUAUUCGGUAACGAGAUUUCCUACUGGAACGCUGAAGGCGACGAGGAGAUCAUGAAGUCACUGGCUAGACUCAACCCACAACUCAGAGUAUUGGAGAUAUUGUCUGGAAAGGAAAUAUCCUACAACAAAGCCUCACUAUUCUUGGACACAACGUUCUCCGUGCCUACUGGCGCCGGACUACCGAUGAACAUGAACCUCAUGGGCACCAGCUACGUCAACACCAAGAUGUCUGGCACUGUGCUAGACAAUUAUAGGGAGUCUGGCAACUUGGACUUUGAAGGGAAAUUGAGACCCAGCGUAGCAGUGAACAUAGCAGCGACGAUGAGCGUGGACGCGGGCGGGCUGAGCUCCAGCGGGAUCCGCGUCAACUGGCGCCUGUACACCGCCACCGCCGUCGAGGCCAGGCUCACUGUCCGGGGGAUCUCCUUGCUGAAGCUUGAUCUAUCACUGCCUAUCGAUAAACAGGAGAUUUUUGCUGCCAAAUCUGAGCUUAUAAUCCUCCACGGCGACAAGGAGCACCAGCAACAAGGACUGAACAAGAACAGAAUAGAACAGAACACGUGCUCCUGGUCCACCUUCGACAAGUCUAUCGGGAUCAAGAUGUGCGCUUCUUAUCAGUUCCCCAACAUGACGAAUCUCCGCAACGCUCCAUACUUCCUAAUGAGUGGUCCAGCGAAGUACAUCCUCUCCCUGGAGAAGGCGGACCCCACGGCCAAGACAUACGCUAUACAGUAUCGAUGGGACAAGAAUGCAACAGGCAAUGUUGUUAGCUUCUCGUUUGAUACGCCUGAUAGUAAGGAAAAACGAAUGAUAAACGCGGUCCUAUCGAUCUCAAACACGUCUAGCACUGCGUUACUGACCCUCCAAUCAGAGAAGAGCACUUUAAAAGCUAAAGCAAUGUAUAGAAACAAGCCUUACGAUAAAUCUCUAUCGGCUAGUUUAGACGUGGAUGGAAGGAAACAGUUCGACACUGUUAUGUCAGUGAAACGUCAUGAUAUUAAAUAUGGCUUCGUUUGGAUACCUCACGCCUAUUGGGUCGUCGAUAAUGAACGGGUUGCUGAGUUGUCUGGUGUAAUAAAAGUAAAAACAAAAGGCAGUGUGACACAGAGCGAUAUAGAAGCAGAGUUCCAAACGAAACAACUGGCCAGCCACCUCCUAGGGUACUACACCAUCAACGGACCGACCCACGGCACCAAACUACAGUUCGAUUACCAAUUCUUUAAAAACCCAAAACAGACUAUAAAGAUUGAAGGUAUUUACAGUGAGAAGUCUGGGGGCUUUAGACAUGACCUCUAUGGUGACUUGUCCAUGGCAUUCACAGCUUAUCCGGAGUAUAAUUUCUAUACGGUUCUGAGGAAUAUUAAAACCCAAUCCCACGUGGAUAUAGGUUUCAACGUAAGUGCGUCCAGAGAAAAGAAGCUUGAUCCAGCGUUUACGUUUAGUUUCCAACGCGCUGAGCACUUGACUGGCAUGAAACUCGAUACAAGGCUGACGUUACAUCGACCGAGGUUGAUUGAUACAAGGUUCCAGUUCGAAGGGAUUGGUCCAAAAUACACCGCACUAGCUCUUCUAAACUUCAACCCCAAAUCGCGCGAGAUUCUGGUCUCAGGGUACUUAUUCUUCCCGCCGGGUACACAACUGUAUUUAGACGCGGAACUUAACAUGACACUACCGACCUUGCACCCUUGUUCUAUAAAGACCAAGGUCCAUGAGAAGCAGCCUAAUGAUUUCCAAGUAAAUGCAGCCGGCGUAUGGUUCACGGGGGUAGAUUUCAACAUCGACGCGUCAUACCAGGACCAGUCCAAAACAAAUAUGGCCUCCCAUCAUCUCAAGGCGUUGAUCAGUAGCACCCACUUCAAGAACAUCGCCAUGGACGGACGGUUCACUCAGGAUAACCGACAGAUCACGUUUAUUGGACAGGGAGAAUACAACGACGAGCACUACAGAACAUUAAUACGCUACAUUCUACUAUCGGAGCAGAACUUCACGACGUAUGUGGAAGUGGACGUCGGCGGGAAGGCGUAUAGUGUCAAUUUGAAUGCGGAUCUUAGCAAUAAUACUAACGUUAAUAUGGAUAUACAUUUUGAUCAACUUCGCGACCUCCACUUUUCCUACCAGCGUUGGGUGUCAGCUAGACAAAAGCGUCUAGCCGCUGCCUUCAAUUGGGACGCUAACCGCGAUCCUUCGCAAAAAGUCAGUAUAGACGUACAACUGGACAAUAAGGGCACUUGGCACCAUGCAGGACAUGUCUCCUUGUAUUAUCCUGGACGAAUGGUCAAUGGGGAGUUCGAGUUCUUGUUGAGAGAUUGGUUCUGCCAAUGGCACAUCCGCAUGGGUUGGUCGAGUGAGUCCAACAUACUGUGGCGCGUCAAGAUGUACUCGGAGGCGCACAAUGAAACCGUAUACGCUCUCCUCUCCAAUAUGAACACGCCCUUCGCUGGGUGGAAGGACACUAGUUUUAAUGUUAUGUGGCGAUACCACGACAAUCUCCAAGCCCUAAACGGCAGCAUGAACUGGCAGGAAGACUACCUAGCAUUCAGCUUACUAGCAGACUACUUGUUCAAAACAAAUGAGUUCUAUGGAGAAAUCAACGCCGUCGUCAACUCUACUAUACCGACACUGCCCAAGGCGGCCGCCAUAGCCAAACAUAGGGUUAUAUGGAAGAAGAGCGCCGACACACUGCUUAGUUUCCAGUAUAACGAAGAUGGUCUGCUGAUGAUCAAUUCCUCUUGGACACUGGAUAGGGGGCACAAAGAGAACAAUAUCACUGGCAGAGUUACACUUCUUACACCGUUCCAAGGUUACAGAAAAGGUUUCCUACGUACAGCGUUCGUAUUGGGCCAUAAGCGAGACAUCAAUGGCAUCACCUACCUCGACCUGGAAGAGAAAGUACUCAAGAUUUACGUCAAUGGGCACAUGCGCCGCAUCACAAACUGUAUGCUAGUCGUGAACGUGACCAGUCCUAUGGUGGAGUUCCCGCAAAUGACGGCGCGGUUCGGCUUCGUGGAGGCAGACAGACAUCUGGUGGCCAUGGUCGUUACUACUAAUUCUACUACAGGCAUUGAAGUAUUCCUGAAACUGGUAUCAUUGCAAGAUUUCCACGUGUUUGGACAUGUUGCACUACCUAUACAGUACCUCAACAGAGCUAUGGUGAUUGCUAAGAGAGCGCCAGAAGAGGUGGACUUCCGAGUAGGUUGGGGUAAAAUGGACUUUGGAUUCACCGGUAUAUGGCACUAUCGGUCUCCUCUUAACUUCGUCUACCUAUACAAAUUAUACACACCGCUUGAAGGAUUUGAAGAGAACGGACUUGUAUUGAAGAAUAUCUACGGUAAUGGACUAGAUACUGAGCUAUCUAUUCGUCUGUCUACGCACAAGUUCGGCAUAGCAAUUCUUCUAGAGGACAAUGGAAAAGCGUUAAUAGACGUGCUUCGCGAAAAGUUCCAACAUGACACGAAGUCAACUUCAGACAUGUUCAUAGAGAACUUUGAUACAAGGGCUCGAGUGGUUUUGGACACCCUGUAUUAUCCUACUAUUACUUUCAAUGCUCAUCUUAUGAAGUUCGUAGGUCCGGAAGAGGAAGAUAUAUUAGAAGUGAAUGCAACGCUACACUUACCGAAUUUACCACCACUUGUGUUAACUGACGUCUUCGUGCUAGAGGAAUACACAGUGAUGCGCAACACUCUGAACUUGGUGACUCCAUUCCAAGCGGUGAAGGAAUUGAAGUCAGUGUACACAGUCGACAUUACAUUGGGAGAGAAGAUCAACGUCACCUGCCUCGUGUUGUUGUAUAAUGGAACUUAUUGGCAUGAGAUAUCGUACAAAAUAUUCUACGAAUACGAAUGUGGUGAAGACGACACGUACCAAUCGUACGUAGCGUCUGUCGGUAUAGCAACACCUCUGCCAGUACUGCCCGCGCUAGAGGCCAGAGUCGCUGCGAGACUCGAGGACGCCUUGUGGAAAAUGAGCGCUGAUAUAGCCAUGCCGUCUUUUACUAUUACUGCUUUAGCUAGCUUAGAGUUGGACGAUCCAUUCGUUGAAACUUCAGGCAGUUUGAACUUAACAUCAGCGUAUUUAGAGGACUACUUUAUAAAGAUGCAGUUCAAGAAAGACUUCUCAGAUGUCGAGAAUGUAGUCGGCGGCGGGAUACAGAUACAACAGGGCGAUCAGAAUAAUUAUUUGUUCGCGGACGUAGUAUGGCGGCCGGCCCCACACCGUCACAUCCGUUUCAAGUCCCGCGGCGCGCUGGUCCCAGUACUGUCCCCUGCGGAACUCUCUCUGCUGUACAGCGAGGAUAUGUCGCGCACUCUCUCGGUAGACUUUAGCAGCGAAGACUAUUACUACUCCUUGAAGGCAGACCAGACGCAGACCUCUGUUAGUGCUGCAUUGAGUAGUCCACAUAAGGGAUUCAGAGCUAUCAAAAUCAUAGGCGAAUUCGAAGAGGACGACAUUCGAGGAUCGUUUGUGACAGACACCACAGAAUACAGCAUCAACGGAAAAGUACUGAAUAGAAAACCUCUUGAAAUGUCUCUAACCCUAGUCCCAAAGGGCCAGGGCGACAAUAUAAACAUCCGCAUCAAGUACGAGAACUCCCCCACGGAGUACACUCUGUCGGCACACUUCGCGGGGCCUGUCGCCGCCACGCUACACGCUAAGGCGGAACUGGAGGGGAACUUCACUGAUAUUAAUGUUAAACUGGACAUCCCCAAGUCGAAAUACAAGGACAUAUACUUCAAGUCUCGCGUGGACAACUACCCGGGACUGCGCAAAGUGCUCAGCGUACAGGCCGCCACGCCGCUCAACAGGAUACGAUACGUUAAGGGAGAUACUGAUUUUGUAUUUGGUCCCAAAACGGGUUACUUGCUGUGCAAGUACGAGCUGCCUGACAUGAAAGGCGAGGGAGAUCUCAAAUGGAGCUUCCUUCUUGGAGAUCUGUUUAUAAAGGCGCUCGGUCACCAGCACGUAAAGGAGAUAGAGAAGAGUGUAGACCUGGACAUCCACUUCGGUAACAGUACUACUCCCGAUAUGAUGAUGAAGACUGACGCCGGCUUCAGGAUGGACCUCGAUCAUGUUUGGGUAAUCGGCGCUAACACCACCUUCGGAUUAAUCCCGAACAAGCAAAUCAACUUGGUCAUAAACGCGAUCUUACCCAAACCGAACGUAGAUGUCCACACUCUGUACAUAGACUUGGACGGGGGAUCUGACCAACAACCACUGAAGACGUUGGAGGCGGAGUAUAGGACUGAUGUCACCAAAAUUGUUACUGGAGUUAAGGGAGAUGUAAGUAUCAGAGGAGACAUGCACCACCCUGGCGACAGUCAGAUCGGCGAGAUAGAUCUACGGUACGGCGGAGUCAAACAUACAGACGGACACUUCAACUUUACUACACCAUUCAAACGACUGCCUUGGCUCAAGUCUAUAUUUGAUAUUAACAACUUAGAAGAGACCUCAGAUAACAAAGUGAAUCUAUUCUGGCCGAACAAAACAGCGUCAGUGAACACCACACACCGCUACCAUAAGAAAGACAAAGGCUUCACACAAAACGGCGAAAUAUCACUUUCCGUUCCAUUGAGCCGUCAGCAUAUCGUCAACACAGAAUAUUACUACAUACAAGACGAUAAAACCAGCAAUGGAAAUGCUACAAUUGAUUUUGAUCGCGAACGAUUCGUCAAAGGCUCCUUCGAUCAGAUUCUCAGUAAAAGUGAAAGGAAUUUAGACCUUGCGACUAUGAAUAUAGAGGUGGAAAACGUUCAUACGCCUGUUGGUAUUAAGUAUAUACAUGAGUAUGAUAAUACUGGGAAUAUUGACGUAAAACAAGCAACAGUCUUCCACUUGCACAACGCAACGAAAUUCAACGUCACCGGUAAACUGGACAUCUAUACCUAUGACAUCGGAAAAGAUCUCAAACUCACUGCUAUACAUGGCAAUCGGACGUGGACCUUCGACAAUAAGUACGAGGCGGUGGACAAGGAGUUGAAACAAGGGUCUAAGAUCAAAUGGGCUGAAGAUGUUUGGUUCAACUACGAUCUACAUGUCACUAAUAUGACUACGGACGAAACCGAGUCCCAACAACUAGUAAUGAACGUAUGGUACCCACUACGUACAUUCAACUUGGUAGCAUUAUACAAUUUGCAAGACACUUUACUCGAUGGUUCAGCGAAAUUGCACUGGAAUGUUAAAGAAGAGAAUAAGACGGCCGAGUUAAGAGGUCGCUGGGAGAACCCUCCCGUACCUGAAGGGAACUUGCAUCAUGUGGACUUGUCGCUUGCUCAUCCUUCGUUUAGAAAGGACGUAACCCUAAAAGGUCAAUACUUAUCAACACCAUCAGUGAUGUCGAACGUCUCCCUAGAACUGCAAUACUCCGACUAUGAAAAUGAAUACCUGCAACUGAACUCCAUUUUAACGGACAACUCAAAUGGCCCAGUGAGGGACUACAAAUUCGCACUAAUUUGCAAACAUCCUUCCACAAAUCUGGACUUGGAUAUGAAGUCUGAUAUAAAUAUAAGGAGUCGCUGGUAUUACUUUAACAACUUCUACAGGUUCCAGAAGUCUCUUUUCUAUCAGAAAAUGAGGCAGAAUAUGUUUUUGAUUGAUACCGCUAACAGCGCUGUGCAUUGGGAGCGUGCAAACGAGACAUAUUUCUACAAAGUGAACGGUACAUGGGAACUGUUAUAUCCGGACUAUACACUGAAGACGUUCGUCAGUCGCUCCACGGGUAACGAUACAGGCACUGCGACACUGUCUAUGAAGAACAAAUCUUUUGUUGCGCAUUAUAAUAGUACUGAUGACAUCUCGUACCACAUGGUGGGCCAAAUCGUCGACACUAGAUACGCUAAAUUCGACUCCUGGCGUAACUUCGAUGACGUCAUAACUGUCGACCUAGCCUCCUACAUACGUCUCAACCACUCUCGACUGCUAACCAGCUCAAUUAAAUGGCGACCAGAAAUUUUCACCGAAGUUAAGUCCCAAGCGGUAUCCACACUCAAACUUUUGUAUAGCCAAGUUAAUGAUACCCUUAUAAUAAUGAAGGAAAUGCCUAUGGAAGCUCAUCUGGCUCUAAAGAACAUUUGGACGGACGCCAAACCGAGGAUCAGAGACUUUUUGGACGACCUAAAUGACCUCCAUGUGAUAAAGGACGAUUUGGACGAGUUCGAGCGAUUUUUGAACCAAUCCUAUAGCCAAAAUGAUUUUUACGUUAAAGAUAUUGUGGAGUUCACUUAUUAUGUACUAGAUGAAAUGGCUAUAAGGAAUCAUUUGGAGAGUUUACCGGGCAUUGUUAAUGAUAUGUGGGGAAUGAUGGGCAACACAAGCCAGUCGAUAAAGCAAAGUUUGACGUACAUAGUGGAUUCCAUCAAAAAGGCGUAUGCAAACUUCUUGGAGUCUGUCAACAAGGUAUUGGAAGCUGAUUUCAUGGAGUUGGUGUCUGAUAGAUUGGAAGCGAUGAUUCUGCAGUACGAUAACUUUAUAAGAGAUCUCCAUAUGAAGUUUUUGGAGUACUGGGAGGAGACUUGGGUGAAUGCCACUAACAGGCUUUCUAAGUAUUGGCAUGAAGUCCUAAAGUCGAUUGAGCCGUUGUUCUUCAAAGUGUUGCAUUAUAGUGAGUCGUUUGUGUUCGCUGUGGGUAAGAACGUCAUGGAUUUCUUCUACAAUAGGACGCAGGAGUUGACUGACUCGCCUUAUUUCAAUUAUGUGUCGACGUUCGGACAUGAGAUGGAUCGCAUCUACAAGGACCUAAUGAACAACGAUUUAAUCACCAAUAUAAAGAAAUAUAGCAAGAAGCUCUUCAACUUCGUUUGGUCAAAGAUAGAGAAGUAUAUUCCGUUCAAAGACGAGUUCACACAACUGUAUGCGGAGUUCAGGAACGCGUGGGAGAACUUCUUGAAGACCAAGCAGGUCGUCUACGUUAGGGAGAAGUACCAAGAAGCAUACGUGCGUCUGAAGUGGUGGUAUGAUUACUUCUUGAUCGGCGAGGCGCUGGAGACAGUCGGCGAGAUACUGUACGCCAAACUUACCGACAUGUCCAAGACUGCACUGCAGUAUGAAGAGCUACAUCGUACACCAAAAACGAACUUCAUAUUCGAUCCCCGAGUCGGUGCCAUUCUCCUAGAACAGAAGCUACCGAUGUCUUGGCACGCAUUCAACCGUACGCCAGAUUUUACUGAAAUAUCUGAAUACCGCGCCGUGAAGGACUUUAUGGACGAAUGGUUGAACACUAACAAGAGUAUCUGGUCGUUCUAUUAUGAUAUUAGACCUUAUAUGGACUUUGAUAACUUGAUGCCACCUUUUGCUGGUAUGGCAAUGAUGACAGGCCAAGGUACCUUGGUAACAUUCGACAAGCGAGUGUUCACAAUAUCAGAAGCGGGCACAUUCCUACUGACGCGGGACUAUAGACAGGACAACUUCACUGUACUUAUGGAGAGCAAUGACCAGGGACGGUAUAAUCUGGUGUUACUGACCAGAAGGAGUCUCAUACAUAUUGACUUGUAUAAGGAGGAAGUAUCAAUAGGUCAAUCAGUACUAAGUCUCCCAGCGUACGUGGACGGCGUGGUAGUGGACAGACAGACGGACUCACUGUCCGUGCAAGGAUACAACGGACUCGACAUACAGUGCAACCUCGUCUUCCAUACUUGUAAACUGCAAGUUUCAGGUUGGUUCUACGCAACGCUCGGCGGCUUACUCGGAACGUACAACAACGAACAAUACGACGACCUUCUACUACCGAACAAUACGUUCACGACGUCAAUAUCGACGCUCGGCCACAGCUGGAACAUAGUGCCCAGCGCUAACCCCACUAACAUUGAGAACAAGGACCUGAAGAAUGACACCCAGUGUGAGAAGUUCUUCCAGAACAAGGUGUCGCCGUUGAACCCGUGUUUCUCUGUUAUCCCAGCUCUCCCGCUGUACAGCGAGUGUAUGUCAGGCGGCGACGCAUGCGCCCUGGCCAGCGCGUACAAGGAACUUUGUCUACACGAACAUGUACCCACACACAUGCCUGACCAUUGCCAUCAAUGUACGACCCCACAAGGCGAUAUUAUAGAAGAAGGCGGCUUCCACGUCCUCCAAUACAUACCCAACUCCACCGAUGUAGUCAUUAUAGUGGAGGCUCAGUAUUGUAACAAGAAUUUGCGUAAGAGCAAGAAUAUGGAUCUCUUUGUUGAAGCGUUCGAUAUUAAGCUGCAAGCGAAUGGAUACUCAGAUAAUAGAUACGCGAUCGUAGGUUUCGGUGGUAGCGGCGUGUACCGUCGUCCUCGGGCGUUGUACGUCAAUAACAAAGUGUUCACCAACCCUAUAGAAGUGUCAUUGCAUCUGGAUAACUUCAUUAUUGACAAAGCUGACCUGGUCCGCGGCAACCGCACCCGUAAAGCAGAUAUGUUCGCAGCACUAAGUUUCGCCACUCAGCUUCCGUUCCGAGCCGCUGUACCCAAGAUGUUCAUACUGAUGCCGUGCUCCAAGUGUGAUUCUACCUUUAUGAGGCUGGACUACUCCACAAUCUACCACAACCUGAUGGAGAGCUCGGUGACACUCCACAUCCUCAUGGAUGAUGACUUCAUGCUGUCCAAGAAGAGAGCCGCUAAGUACUUGUUCGGCGUGGACAACACACUAGCGUACACGAACAAGGACUACGAGCGUCUAGUAGGAGACUCCGCGCUACGGAAACAAGUCAAACUACCCAAGGAGAAGCUCGGACUCUGCACCUCAUUGGCUAUGGAGACUAAUGGUACAAUAUUCGCGGGCGCCAAGUUACAAGGCGACCGUCCCACCGCGCGCCGGUUCAGCAGCGUGCUGGGGGCGCGCGCCGCUAUGUCCGCCCCGCGGUGUCACUCGCCGCCGCGCUGCGAGUGCAGCGACGGCAGGCUCGUCUGCAGGCCUUGCGCGGACACGCAGAGACUGUUGGAGCUAUCAUUCUUCAACUCAGAUGACAUCGACGAGUUAAUCGACAUGGCGAUGGAACCACCCACCCUGCCUUCUUUCAGAUGAUAGGAGCAUAGUAAAUAGAAUAAUGUCAGGACCCAAAUCUAAAUUAUACUCUAAGUAAACUAACGUAAGGUAGACAUUUCAGUAAAUGCUGCUUGUAAUUGUUAACCGAUUUUGAAGUUUAUUUGCUUUAAUAUAUUGGAAUAAUUUAGAUGUUUUUUUCUGCAGAGAAUCUUAAGUCUUGUUGCUUGUGCAAUAAGCAUCAAAAUCGGUUGACAACUAUCGAAAUGGCUAGUGAAAUUGUCUAUCAUUAUUUAGUAUGGAGUUAUAGUUCCUACGAUUUUACAAUUACAUUGACUGUAAUUUAUUCUCAAGAAAAUUGUCGUAAAGUACAAAUUUGGACUCAAUAAUGUAAGGAAUAGGGCUCAAAACUGUAUACCUAAUUUUACUGGUACCUAGAUAGUGAAUUGUGAUAUUUUUUAUCAAAAAGUAUCUCAUUUUAGUAAAAUUAAUAUUCUUUUAUUUAAUUAAUCUAUUUGUAUUCGUAAGAACAAGUUCAAACAAAAUGCAAGUUAUUAUGAACCUUAUUUACUUAAAAAUAGUGUUUAUUAUACAGUGACUAUGUAGAAUUUAUAGAAAGAAGUUUCCUGUGUACAUAUUUGAUUACAAAUAAGUUUGACAUUUAAUAAAAUAUUU